AUGUCAAGCCAUAUUUCGACAAGGAUCACUGAGGACUUGAGAAGAAACUGGCAAAUGGAAGAAGCAAUAUCGAAAGCUUUUGUUGAUGGACUACUCACUCCCAAACAAGAUUUUGAGAGUACUGUCAAGCGAAUCAAAGAGUUCGAGGAAGAGGAAAAACCUGAAGUUGUAGAGUUGCUGGAGCAGAGACAUGCGGUCGAGAAGUCCCUUCAUCGUUUACUCAGAGAUGAAAUGUAUGAUCAGAUUAGCAAGAGUGACGUACCGACAAUGCAUAAGGGAAUGGAUAGAGAGAGCUCUCUGGGACAUCCCAAACCUCCGUAA